AUGUAUCAGAUAGAUGUGGAGACUCUACUGACUGUCAACCCGCGUGAUGGCCUUUAUAUGUGCACAAACGUAGUAUAUCUAUAUGCCCAAUUGCUAUCAACAAACUCCAGCGGUUCUGAGGCACUGCUAGGCAGCCUGGACCAGCAAUCCCAGGUGUGGGCGGACUUUGGCCCCCUGGCCACCUACGACGGCGUGGAGGGCGAUUUCGUCAAAAUAAUUGGCGAAUGGAACGCGCAUCGGAGCCUUGUUAUGCUCAAAAUCGAGCCCUCGGACCCGAAGACCUUGCUGGAUCCAACGAGCCAGCGGCGAAUCGCAAAAUGCAUCAAGCUGAUGCUCAAAAUGGCCAGAAUACGCGCCCAAAGUCAGUGA